AUGCCUCAGGGCGGAGAGGGCAACCGAAAGCCCAAGCUGUGGGUGCCCCAGGAGUCGUUAUAUCACUAUUCUGCUCCCAAGUCUCCAGAGUAUCACUAUCCUAUUCCAAACAUUCUGGAAGGCGAUCCUUUUGAUAAGCGUCUGGAACCCCUAUUGGCGACAGACCAGGCACAAUGCAACCUGUGGAAGGAUGAGGUGCAGAACUUGUUGAUCUUCGCAGGUCUGUUCUCCGCGGUCGUUACCGCAUUUCUGAUCGAAUCCUACAAAACCCUGCAACCCGACAAGAGUGACUUAUCUGCCGCUUACCUCGCCUAUAUUUCUACUCGACUGGAUAGUCUCACAAACACAACUCUUCCUCCACCUUCUAUUCCUUACCCCAACUCGACCUCGUUUUCACCUACCUCAUCAUCCACCAGAGUCAACAUAUUCUGGUUCCUCAGCCUCAUUCUCAGUCUCACAACUACUCUCUCCAAGCAGGAGGCCUUUGCCAUCUUCCACAUGCGUUCUGAGUCUCUUUGCAAGUGGUAUGUUCCUCAGAUCUUCACGGGUCUUCCAUUGCUGCUCCAGCUCGCCUUGAUCUUCUUUUUUGCGGGCAUUAUCGACUUCCUUCAGGCGAUUAAUAAGACUGUCGCUCUUCCGGUCAUAGUUUUCGCCUCAUUAACGCUAUGUUUCUUCGCUGCUACAACGAUCAUUCCUGUGUUCCAGUCUUUCAUAAUAGGACUACCUCUCAACAAAAAAGAUCCCUAUGUUUUAACUCCUUGUGCGUACAAGUCACCUCAAGCCUGGGCCUUCUUAGGUCUUCUCACCUGGUCAAAAUCUCUCUUUUUGUUCAUUCACUUCUUCAUCCUCCGCUUGUUCCUCUCUCCCAUUUCCGUCCUCUUUCUUAUUUUCAAGCUCGGCGACAACGCGCAAGACUUCACUGCCAGCGCUCCGAGUCGGGCGAUCUACAAGCUCUUUGAAUGCUCAACAGAUUGGAUCAGAUAUGAAAUUGGAUGGCUCGCAGCUCACACAUGUCAAAGUCUGGGCAAGAAAUACCCUGAAUUGUACAUAGACAGGAGGACUGACCCAGCUGGAGACUAUGAUGCCACACGAGGUGUCGUGGAGGUCCUGCGGAACUAUACCUUCGACGAGUCGCUUAUGUGCGCGGCGUAUCAUCAUUUCCAAAAGACCUCGCACUACAUCUUAAAAUUUAAUUGGCGCUUUCUCGAGCUGUUAAAAGAGAAGCUCAGGAAAGAAAAGAUAGGCUUCCCGUUGAUGCCCCUCUCCGAGUGUAUUUCAGCAGACGAUAUCGAUUCAUCAAACAACGAAAAAGCCUUCGCAUUUCUCCAGCUUCUGCCACCUCAAUUUACUGGUGAUUGUCUCAAUAUCUUCAACCAUCAUUACCUUGAAAUAUCAACAAGACUGUUUCAGUAUAUCUUUGCGAGGCAGCGGUUCGCGCGGCCACUGGUGAAUCCAGUACCACCCGGGGCUUGGGAGUUGGCACGAAGGUUCGCCAUAUUCAAACUAGAUUUGCCGAGUCGCUUCGAAAGCUUUGAAGGCAACUACAAUAUAUACGGAUCUUUCAGCGACCGUGACUUCCACCCGACGGUCAUUCAAAUACGUCUCACCAUUCUCGAGCAGCGAUUAUUGACUCUAGCACCAUUUUUCAAGCAUGCGGGAUCUCUAUGUCACGCAUUGGAGCGAAAUACUACCAAUACCAAUCCCUAUAUGUGCCCAUUAACCGAUCUCUACAUGGACGAUAUCGCGCACAUCGUCCACUAUCUCCUCGACAAAUCGACCCCCGUAGAACACAGGCAGCUCAGAACCUACCUCUCAGACUGCAACAACUUUCUGGACGAUCUUCUGAAUGAAAAGGAAAACAAACACCUUUACUACAGCAUCCAACUUUACAUCAAGAGUUUCUACCGACCUUUUAAGCGUCUUUUCGACCACGGCGACCCAGCGGUCUUGCCUGACGCUUCGCUCAUACAUUCUGUCGCCAAGCUCGACCGCACCGUCGACUCGUACAGAAUCAUGAUGGUCCCAGCAGUCUUCCGGUCGAUCCAUGAGUACCACUUUGACGAUGAAAAGGUGAACCGAGCCGCAUGGGAAAACGAGCGUUGGAAUGACUUCCUCGUGGUUAUUCGCCGGGCUGAGUAUAUCGUGGACAAUCCAGAUGGUCCGCUUGCUACCGAGCCACCUCUGGUGUACUUCGCUGAUCAGUUAGGAAGAGGGUCAGGCACGGGCGAAAAGGCGGCAACAGUUAUUGGACAGGGAGGCAACAGAGUCUCCAGCUGA